CAGAGGCAGGUCUCUCUCUAUGUUGGAGGCCAGCCUGGUUAACAAAUUUCAGAAGUUUUAGAGCAGACAAGGUCAUAGAGUAAAACCCUAUCUCAAAAGAGAUAAAGUGAGAGAGAAUUGGGAUUUAUUCAGAAUUUUCAAGGUACUAAUCCUGUUGCUCUCCUCCCCAAAACACCUUUAUAAACUGGCAAUUUUUAAAAAAAUUUAUAUUUUAAAUUACCGACGAGAAGCACCAUGGACUCUGCAGUGGAGGAGAGCAAAGUUAAAAGCUGUCCAGUCUGGGUGGGUGCCCACAAGAGGGUUACUGAGGCAAGACGAUCCUCAAUUCAGGGCCUGCUGGGGCCACACGGUGAAUUCGAAGUGAGCCUGAAUCAACCUCUUAAAGUUUAAAAAGAAAGGGUGGGGCCCAGAGACAUCUGCUGCGGUGGAGUGUUUGUCUACGAUGUGUGAAGCCAUAGGUUCACCCUCAAUACCAUAAAGGAAACAUUUGGACAAAGUUAUUCAAUUAGCGGCAGUUCUGGAAAGAGCGACUUUCUUAUUUUGAAUCUAUAAUUCACUACUCAAUGUCGGUUACAAGACAUUUGCUUGAAGCAGGUCCAGUGUGAGGUACAAAACGAUGGAAAUCAGCUCGAUAUCAGCUAAGGAUCCCAGUCAUUCUAUUGAAUACGUCUGUGGGGUACAAUGCCCGGUGCCCCUAAAAUACUUUGGGUAAGUUGGCCUGAACUUCCGAUUGCGCUAGGCAACUUCUUAAUAACCGUGACCCCACAACCCAUCUGAGACACAGGGUUCGAGCCCAAGCUAGUCCUGGAGGCCUCUCAUUCACCUCACCCGCUCGGAUAAAAACCUCAGGCCCACAGCGUCUGUGUGCUACAUUCCGUGACCGACUCCAGGGUGUUCCCGCCUCUGACUGGCACCAUCAGGUACCUCGGACGCCAUCCUACAGCUCCAAUUGAGCCCGUCAACAGGCCGGGCACUCACCACAGAGACCCAGCCGACGGAACCGGAAACAGCUGCUUGUAGAAGCUCAGGAAUAAGUAACGUCUCUCAGUUGCUCGGUGCGAGGCUGGUCCUCGGGAAGCUGCUCAAUUGGUCCAUUAAAGAGGGGCCGCCGCCUUGGGAGCACGCUGACCAAUCAGGAUGCAGGAUGGUGAGCCGGGGGCGCGUCGCUUCCGGCGGUUUCCCCACAGCUUCUGCGUGGGGAGCAUGGGAGCGUGGGAGUUUUGUGGUGGCCUCCGCCUCCUUUGUCGCGACUCGGCUGGGCGUGGCUUCGGGCCGCUUCUGCCGUGCAGGGUGAGACUGUCUGUGCCCCAGAGCGGGUGAGCGGUCCGUUUCAAGGCUGCUUUGGGAGAAGCCGUCACCUCCGAUUCUCAAAGGAGCUUGAGUGUUUCGAGGAACCUGAGGGGAGAGUGGAAAGGCCUGGCAGCCGAGUCGUAGAUUCUAGGGACUGUUCUCUCCGCUUGAUGUGUUGUCUCAUCUUGGGGACUUGAAGAAGGACCCCUUAGCUUCCUCAGAUGGCGUCCACGCGCCCCACGUCAGGUGACCAGGGGUCUCCUGUUUUAGGGACCGUUGCUGUUUGAAGAUCUGGAUGUGUAUUUCUCUCAAGAGGAAUGUGUGAGUUUGCAGCCUGCCCAGAAGACCAACAGCGGAGAAGCCUCGUUGGAGCCUUUUGAGGAUUUGGACUCGACAGGAGGGGAAGACAAGAUUGAGACCAAUCAGCAGUUAAGCCUAGAGUCUAUGGAACUUGAAGGGCUGUCUCUAGAAACGUACUCCAUUGCCUCACCCCAUGGCCACUACUCUGAAAAAUCUGAGCAUGACGUUGGAAUGCAUGAAAGGAAGAUGUCAGGGGGAACUUUGACUUGUAAGACCAAGGUUAUAAGCCUCUUAGUUACCAUUGAAAACCAAACCCCAUUAGUAGAAUUAUCUCAGUGUUUAGGAGUCAAAACACUUUCUGAUAUUAUUGAAGUUCCCUGGGAAGAAGCCACAAAUGUGUACAAGUGUCCUGACUGUGACCAAAGCUUCAGUGAUAACACAUACCUUGUUUUGCAUCAGAAAAUCCAUUCAGGAGAGAAAAAGUAUAAAUGUAGUACCUGUGAGAAGACCUUCAGUCACAGAGCCAACCUGAGGACACAUAAGAGAAUCCACACUGGUGAGAAGCCUUACAAGUGUACCAAGUGUGCUGCCAGCUUCCGGCAGCAGUCACACCUGUCCCGGCACAUGAAGAGCCAUAUAAAGGAGAACCCAUAUACAUGUAAUGUAUGUGGGAGAGGUUUUAUGUGGCUCCCAGGAUUGGCAGAACAUCAGAAGAGUCAUACUGAUAAAAAAUCUUAUGAAUGUGCUGAACGUGAUCCACCAUACUGUCAGGAAACAAAUCUGGCUUUGCCUGAAAACACAGGCUCAUCAGACACCCCAUACCAGCACACCCAGUGUGAGAAGAGUUUGGAGCACCCCUCGUACCCUGCUCUCCCUGAGAAGGAUUGUAAGGAGGACUCUAAGAACUGCAGUAUUGAUGAUGAAGACUUUUUUUCAUUCUCCAGAUUCAAACCCUUACAGUGUCUUGAUUGUGACAUGACCUUUCCUUGUUUCUCGGAGCUUGUUUCUCAUCAGACCAUUCAUGACAUGGAAAAACCUCAUAAGUGUAAGACAUGUGGAAAAACCUUUGCUUUAGAUUCAGAACUUGCAUCCCACGAGAAGCAGCACAUCAAAGAAGAACCCUUCAAAUGCACGGUGUGUGGGAAGAGCUUCAGAGUGAAUCUGCAUCUCAUCACUCACAAACGAACCCACAGGAGAAACACCAAGUAAAUACAAGCUUUGCCACUGUGUGAGCUUCUCAGUGUCUUUAUGAUGGGAAACCGCUUAUGUGCAGCGUUACGCUAAGCAAGCACUUUACACACAUUCCAGGUAACGUAGGCAGUAUUAUUUAUUACCUCUGGUUAGAACUGAGGUGACAUAAUGUUACAUACAUAGCAUGUGAAGCGAGGAUUUGAACUCAGUUCCUGAUCAGAUUUCAUUUAUAUGAGCCAGAGAAACAGAAAACUUUACAAUUUAGCUUUUGACUGCUGGGUGUGGAGGCGCACACCUUUAAUCCCAGCACUUGGGAGGCAGAGGCAGGUGUGGAUCUCUGAGAGUCUGA